AUGCCAUCCCCUCUUUACUGGUUACGGCGAAUUUACUCGCUUGAUACCCUCGACACUCGCUUCACGACCUCAGCAACUACCCCUGCCAGUACGAACACGCGACCUCCCUCCGCUAAAGAUGCCCGCGCCCACGCCAUUGCCCAAAAUGCCCCAGCAUCACUCUGGCGCACGCCCGAGUUCUUCAUCUAUUACAUCUUUUUUAUUACUCUCGUUCCUCUGAUGUUCAAAACCGUCAUCAACGCCUCCAAGGACGACCACCCCAUCUACCCUACGUAUUCGCACCUUCUGUCGCCGGGAUGGAUUCCUGGCCGCCUAGUCGACAACUCGGACGCGCAAUAUGCCAGCUUCCGCGACAACAUUCCCUACCUGGCCCUCCUUCUCAUUGCCCAUCCGGUGGCUCGUCGCAUAUACCAAUCGUUCACGAGUCGUAAAGAUGCGGUACCCAAAUCUUCUAAGCCCUCCGUGGUCGCCGCCGGGAACGCACACCUCGAGCAGCGAAUGCGCUUCGACUUUGGAUUUGGCCUGAUCUUCAUCACAGCCCUCCAUGGCGCUUCGGCCCUCAAGAUCCUUGCGAUCCUGUUCCUCAAUUACAAAAUUGCCAAGAGUCUUCCCCGAGACUACGUCCCCGCCGCGACGUAUACCUUCAACAUCUGCAUAUUGUUCGCCAACGAACUGCUCGGUGGGUACCCGCUCGAACGCAUUGCCUUUUUCUUCGCACCAGGCUCAGGAACACCGGGAGAGAAGGAAUCUAUGCUGGUCCAAUGGGCACAGUCGUUGGAUAACCUCGGAGGAAUCAUGCCGCGAUGGGAGGUCCUCUUCAAAGUCACCGUGUUGCGGCUGAUCAGUUUCAACAUGGACUACCACUGGAGUGCUGACCACCUUGCGACGAGCCCAAUUGAACUGACUGAAAUUGAUAAGAAGAAACAACUCGACCCCGCGGCCCUUUCAGAUAGAGAUCGUGUUAAGAUCCCCGUUGAACCUGCUGCAUAUAACAUGCGAAACUACAUCGCCUACGUGCUCUAUUCACCACUUUACUUGGCGGGCCCCAUCUUGACUUUCAAUGACUACGUCUCGCAACAGAGACACACUGCGCCGUCAUUGACUCGCACCCGUACUAUUCUCUACGGAGUUCGAUUCCUCCUCACCCUACUCUGCAUGGAGUUGAUUCUCCACUACAUCUACGCAGUGGCUAUCUCGAAAGCUUCGCCAGAUUGGUCACAAUUCACAUCCGGUCAGCUAAGCAUGCUUGCCUACUUCAACCUACACAUCAUCUGGCUGAAGCUCCUCAUUCCCUGGCGCUUCUUCCGUUUCUGGGCCCUUAUCGACGGUAUUGACCCGCCGGAGAACAUGGUCCGCUGCAUGUCAAACAACUACUCCGCCCUCGCAUUCUGGCGCGGUUGGCACCGUUCCUACAACCGAUGGAUUGUCCGUUACGUCUACGUACCGUUGGGCGGAGCUGGACGGCGCUCCGCGGCAGGCAAGCCGGGGCCUGCACCAUCGGGCUUCUGGGUCAAGUUCCAACAGAUCCGCAACUUCAUGCUUGUCUUCACCUUUGUUGCGCUUUGGCAUGAUAUCAAUCUGCGCCUACUUAUGUGGGGUUGGCUCGUGACACUCUUUGUUCUUCCAGAGGUCCUUGGUGGUAUGCUCUUCCCCGCCCAUCGCUGGCGUUCUCACCCAACCGCAUAUCGCGUCCUGAGCGGUAUCGGCUCCGUGGGCAAUGUGCUCAUGAUGAUGAUUGCAAACCUAGUUGGAUUCGCACUCGGUCUAGACGGGCUGAAGGACCUCCUUGCGAGUCUGACGGGCUCAUAUGCUGGCGUUGCAUAUAUGAUUUCGUGCUGUAUUGCUCUUUUUGUUGGUGUUCAAGUCAUGUUUGAGAUCCGAGAGGAGGAACUGCGUAUGGGAAUCAACUUGAAAUGUUGA